AUGUCGACUGAAGCUGGAUUCAAAUUGCGGAUUGCCAUCUGCGGUGGUGGUAUUGGUGGCCUGACGCUUGCAUGUGCCCUCUCGCGUGCGAAAGAUAUUGCGGUCGACGUAUACGAGCGUGCGCCUGACUUCAAUACCGAAAUCGGGGCUGGUAUCUCGAUCCGCCCUCGCAACAUGCCCUUCUUGUCCGAGCUGGGGCUAGCCGAGGAGAUUGCUGCUAUCAAUGGCAGAACAGGCGGCGCCUCAGGGUCUCUGUUCACUGUGUACAAGGCCGAUACACCCGAACUUAAGGUACUGAGGGAGGUUCGGGAGGAAGGAUCAGUCUCGGUACAUCGCGCCGAGUUCCAUAACAUCCUAUCCCGCCACAUCCCAGAGCACGUCGGCAUGCACAGCAACAAGCGCCUCGCAUCCUACGUCGAUCCAGACGAUGCUAGCUCUCCCAUUCGCCUCACCUUCACCGAUGGCAGUACGGCAGAGUGCGACGUGCUGGUAGGCGCGGAUGGUGUCAAGAGCGCUGUGCGCGCGAAGAUGCUCGAGGAUGUCGCCAGCCGUACGGAAGAUAAGGCCCAGGCUGAGAAGUUGCGCGAAGCCAUUCCGCCUCGGUUCAGCGGAGCCAUCACGUAUCGCGCGAUCAUUCCGAAGGAGAAACUGUCUCAUAUCCCGGAGGAUAGUUCUGUCUGGACGUCGGGCAAUAACUAUACUGGAAGCGGACGCGCGGUCGUCUCGUAUCCUAUCUCUCAAGGACGUUUGCUUAACGCGGCGCUCACUACGUUCGACUACUCUCUGGAAGACACGCUACACCCUCAGCCAUGGGUCGCGCAGGCGCAAGGGAAAGACCUUGUACCUCUUCUGGAAGGUUGGGCUGAGGAGCCGCGCAGCAUCAUCGCUGGACUCGACGGUCUUGAGACGAAGAAGUGGGUAAUCAACAUUGUGCGCCCUCUUGAUAAUUGGUCGGUCGGCCGGGUAACCUUGCUUGGGGAUGCUGCGCAUGCGAUGCCGCCCUUCCAAGGAGCUGGUGCCGGACAGGCCAUCGAGGACGCGCAAGUUCUCUCGGCCAUCCUCGCUCAUCCCACUAUCACGCGCGAGACGGUCUGUCAAGCCCUUCGCGUGUACUCCGACGUGCGUCUCCCCAUCGCGAUGGCUAUCUACAACGCGUCGCGUCGUAGCGGGCAACUCAUGGGCGAAUCGAAGAUGUCGCCUGAGGAGAUCGUUGCGGAGUUUGCUCAGGUUGGGCAGAGUGCGUGGAGUAGGGGGAGCCCUGAGGAGGAUGUGAAGCGAGCGAUCGAACUGUUUGAAGAAGCUGUCUCGACGUGA